GUUUCGUCCGGCGACACUCUGUACACGUCAGCUACCACCUUCGAAGAACUGAAUCUCUCACCGGAGCUUUUGAAGGGACUCUACGUGGAGAUGAAGUUCCAUAAACCUAGUAAGAUCCAAGCCGUAACCUUGCCUAUGAUCUUGAAUCCUCCGAAUAGGGAUUUGGUCGCACACGCGCAUAACGGUUCCGGAAAAACCACGUGUUUCCUUCUUGGUAUGCUUAGUCGAGUUGAUCCAAAGUUGCAGGCUCCUCAAGCUUUCCUAAUCUGUUCAAGCUUUAAGCUAUCUUACCAAAAUACUGAAGUUCUCCGAAAGAUGGGAAAGUACAUGGGGAUUAGCUCAGAAUGUGCUAUACCAGCAGACAGUAGUGAUGCUUUGCCGAUAGCGAAACGGGCACCGAUUAUGGCUCAAGUGGUUAUUGGGACCCCUGGCACGAUUAAUAAGUGGAUGGCUUAUAAGAAACUUGGGGUGACAAGGUUGAAGAUUCUUGUUUUUGAUGAGGCUGAUCAAAUGCUUGCUCAGGAUGGAUUUAAAGAUGAUUCCCUGAGGAUAAUGAAAGGAAUAGAAAAAGUCAAUUCUAACUGUCAGGUUCUUCUGUUUUCUGCUACAUUGAAUGACAUUGUCCAGAAUUUUGUUUCGAGGACAGUCAAGCAGGAUUAUAAUACACUUUUUGUGAAGGAACUAUCUUUAGAUGCCGUAAAGCAAUAUAAAGUUCAUUGUCCUGAUGAACUCUCUAAGAUUGAAAUGAAAAAAGAUUACAUACUCGAAAUAGGAGAGAAUCUGGGGCAAACUAUAAUAUUUGUGCGCACAAGAAAUAGUGCAAAAAUGUUACAUAAAUCACUUGUCGAAAUAGGAGAGAAUCUGGGGCAAACUAUAAUAUUUGUCAAGAAAUAG